UGCUGGCGGCGGAGGUGGCGGGGCGCGCGCGAGCGCUCGUGGGGCGGGCGGGGCCGCGCGCCAUGGUGGCCGGCUUGGGCAACUAUGGGCUGUGGGGCACACGGCACAGCGUGGGCAUGGAGGUGCUGGACCGGCUGGCCCGGCAGCUGGCAGUGGCUGAGAGCUGGCGAGUGGACAAGCGGUGCUGCGCUGAUGUGGCCCUGGCCACAGCCCACGGCCUGGAGCUGGUGCUGCUCAAGCCACGGAGGUUCAUGAACCUCAAUGGGCUCAGCGUCGCCAGUGCUGCUGAGCUAUACAGCCUUGGCCCUGAAGACAUUUACCUGGUUCACGACGACCUGGACAAGGCCCUGGGCAAGGUGGCAAUCAAGCUGGGAGGCAGCGCAAGGGGACACAACGGGGUCCAAUCCUGCAUCGGUGCUUUGCACUCCAGCGAGAUGACCCGGCUCAGGAUCGGCAUCGGGCGGCCGGAGGGGAAUGUCACAGUGUCCAGCUAUGUCCUGUCUCCAUUCAGUGCUGGGGAACGGGAGAAGCUGGAGCAGAUCCUGGCGCAGGCAGUGACCUGCCUGCUGGAGCACAUCCAGAGCCGAGCGCCUACAGAGCCAGGGGACAGGGGCUGACACAAACUCACGGAGCCUUGUGGCUGAUGGACAGGGUGCUGCGAGCUCUGCGGAGUGACCGUGGUGCAGAGCAGAGCUGGCCCAGCUGGGCAGUCUGGCUGGGCGCUGGGGCAGCCUCCUUCCAUCCCCACGCCAAUCCAGGGAGCUCGUGUCCCACUUGCAUCCCUGCAGAGGCUCCAUACCUCAGUUUGGCACAGAAAUGAAAUA